AUGAAUCUGCACCCGGAUGAUCUGGACAUCCUUCAGACCGAUCCUGAAUUCAACUCGUAUCUUCGUAAGCUACAUAAGAUACACAAGCAUAGCACGGAGGUGCCUGAAAUCGCCUUCGGCAAGAGAACAACAGAGGUAACACAGAUGAUGCUUGGAAACACACUGGUAGAUUUCACAUAUAGGGUAUGGCUGUUUUCAGACAGCGCUGUGAUUUUCAUAUGCAAUAAAUGUCUGUUCCAAUGCCACGACUCUACAGCAAUGGGAAACCAUAGGCAUACCUGUACUGGGAGAAUACCUGGCAUGUGCAUAUACAAUGAUCAUGUGGAAAACAUAGCCGUAGUGGAAUUAGAUGGAGAAAAUCAGCCUAUACUGUGCAGAAGGAUAUGCAUAAUAGGAAAGGCAUUCAUCGAGAGAAAAACAGUAUAUUUGGAUGUCAAGGGAUAUCUGUUUUACGUUCUUAUAGUAGAUGAAUGCUUUGCAGGGUUUUUUAGUAAGGAAAAGGAAAGCUCAGAGCACAACCUGUCGUGUUUAUUGGUGUUGCCCAUGUACAGAUCAAAAGGGUACGCCAUUCUGUUGAUCGACCUGAGCUAUAUUCUUGCGCCAGGAUCACCAGAAAAGCCUUUGAGUAAUCAGGGCCAAGCAGUAUACAGAAGGUACUGGAAGAACAAAAUCUUGUUGGCACUCAAGGAAUUCAAUGGAUGUGAAAUAUCCAUAUACGAGCUGUCCUUGGCAUCCAGGCUUUCUGUGGAUGAUGUGAUUUGUGCACUGGAGAUUUUGAAUGUUGAUCCAAGGCUGUUAACAUAUGAAAUCGUGCAAAGAAGAUGUGAUUACCUGAGAAUGUGCAAGAAGGAGUUUUUAAUCUUAGGCCAGAAUGUUAAUAAUAACAAUACGCAAAUGUAA